AUGACCCGCCAGGGCACUCGUGCCCAGCAAAAGAUGAAGCGCUCCGUCCGUCGCAAGGUCGGCAAUGAUGCGAGUGGGAACACUAUCGAGUUGCAAGCGCUGUCCCUUGAUGAUCAAUCUGACCAAGUCCAAGCUGCCGGUGAUCACGUGAUGCUACCCCCUGCUAGCCAGGAACCCAUGUCACGAGCCAAGAAAAAGCGAGGGUCGAAAACGAUCAAGAUCUACAAGGGCAUUCGAUAUUGCAAGAACUGGUACUCGAAGAAGCACAUUGCAUAUCGUUGCAGUACUUCGAAGACUUCUGGCUGUAUGGCCACGCUCAAAGUAACCCCGGCCGCUGUUUGGUGGGUGGAGGGUGAGCACACGUGCCGUCCGGUCCCGGUAUUGAAUGGCAACUCAAUGAUGAGACCGACGCAAUGA